CCUUUCCGUAUAAAUUCCCAUCCGUUGAUUUCUUCCUUAUGCCACGUGCCGUUCAUCCCGCGUGCUGGUGGUUACCCGCGUACAAUCUUACUUAGCCGAUUCGAACUCCCCUUUUUUCACUAUUCUUCUUCUCCAAGUUUUCCGAGCGAAUUUUCUGCAUUUUUCGGCGAUUUCCUCACUGUUCCGGCAUUCUCCCACGACCCUUCUGCUCCAGGUUUUACCGUCCAUCUUUUUCCGGUCUAGGUAACUCGCGUAUCCUCUUCACUGCAAUUUUGUAUUUAAUCGUAGUGUAGUGGUAUAACUGUUGGUGCUCUGAUUGAGCGUGCUAGAAACCCUAGGGUUGGCAUCUCCCAUCAUGGCCUGCACCUCCGCCCCUCAACCCUCUCGCUCGCCCUCUCCUUCUGCCCAAGACCCUUCAUCUUCCUCCCCAACGCGGACAGAUCCUGAAAAUCUUCCUUCCCCCUCUACUUCUGACGAAUCUCAAACUGCACCUCCUCCUUCUCCACCUAGGAGAAAAGGGAAAAAGCCCCGCCUACCCCCCAAACGUAUUCCUCCAUCCCGCCUUAGUGUCGCGGAGGUGGAAAAAUUGAAAAGCAAAUGUAGGCGUCCUGAUGGUUUAAAAUUCGAGGCCUUUUGUAAGGAUUCAACGCCUCCUGAAAGCCUUCGUCAUCCCAAGGUGAUAGUUGUUUGGAAAGCUCAAAUAGAUGCUGGUUUGAGACUCCCUCCUCCUAUUCUGCUGGUUGAUGUUUGUAACUAUUUUCACAUCCCCUUUUUUCAAGUCGCUCCUUCUGCCAUUCGGAGAUUAUAUGCCUUUCACGUUUUGUGCCGCGCUCACGGUGUUGGGGACACCGCCAAAUUGUUCUGUCAGACCCAGACUCUCCGCAUGCAGGGCAAUCCCCUGUAUAGCUUUGCUGCUCACCCGAAAUAUCCUACCACCUUCCUUUCCUCUCUGAAUUCUUUCGAUAAGGGUUUCCUGAAAUAUUAUUGUUAUGUGCGCACCCCUUUCGGCAACUGGCGCGAUUAUGGUGCUUCGGAGCUGGAAUGGCAUACAAGUCGCACUACUUAUAAACCAGCCUCUUCCGAAGUCCCUUCUACUCGUGACCAGAAUAUUAUAGCUCACCUUAAUGCUAUGAAUAAGGCCCACCCUCUAGACUGUAGGUACCUGGCCGAGAACAAUUCCUCUCUGGCAUAUAAUGGUCUGUUUCCCCUGUAUCCAGAGAGAUCAAUAGAUAUGUCUUGGAGAUCGAAAUGUGGGGACAAUUUGCCUGACACCCCUUCUCUUGCUGGCCGAGGAGCACAUGGCUCGGGCGGUUCUGCUUCCGGAACAAGUCCCUCGGAGCAACCUGCUGGGUCCGAACUGAUCCCUAUUCCCCCUGUAGUUGAGAUCCCAGAGAGGAAUGUGGAAGCUUCGCGCCCCUUUGAUGCGGAGGAAGUUGAUGCGGGGGCCCUUGUUCGCAGGGGUAGACACUCCAGCGUUGGUGAUGUCACUGGCACCCGUGAAGAAGAUAUCCAAGUCGUGGAUAUUACUGAUGAGGUUCCUUCACCUGAUUCGGCUCCCGAUGCCACCCUUGCUGAUCUUACGAAGAAGCGGAAGAGAGGUUCCCUGAUCUCUAUGGGUGAGAAGGAGAGACAAGAAGGCCUGAAAAAGACUGGCAAGUCCUCAGAGCCAGCGAGGAGGUCUGCUGGUGGUGUGAAGAUUCUCACUCCUGCUGGGGACAAGGGCAAAGGGCCAGCGAAGAAGUCAGCUGGUGGUUCCAAGGUUCUCCCCUCUGCCGGUGGAAAGGGUAAGGGCAAAGCUGCAAUGCCCUCGGCUGACGAACCAGAGGAUCUUGUUCCUGGACCGAUUUCGAGCUUAUCGGGGCAGGAAUUGAUUGACGCCUUGAUAGCUCGUGUCCACUCGAAGGACCAAGAGAAAAUGGUGAAGCUGACCCGACCGGCUUUAGCUACUCAGCUCUGCCGGUUGGCCCUUCAGGUGGAGUCAGGGAUGUGGGGGGCUGUUAAAUGCAUCCAUGACUACGAAACGGCUGAGAAAGAACGGGAGAAGGAACAGGCGGACAUCGCCAAGCGUGAUGACGAUGUCGCCGGGGUAGUAGAGCGUCUGAGUAAAGCUGAAGCGGAGAUCGCUGAUCUGAAAGAUAAAUUAGCUCAGGUGGAGGUGGAGAGAGCAUCCUUGGCCUCCGAGUUGUCGAGAGCCACAAAGGAGAGCCAUGAAAGCUUAGUCAAGUUCAAAGCUGGUUAUGAAAGAGACUACAGGGAAGCCAGGCGGGGUUGGAAGAGGAUACUUAUGGAAGCUCAGAACCGCGCGUUCGUUCUGGGGGCUCGAGAUCAACGCCUGGAAUAUUUCUUGUCUCCGCGGGGUCAACAUUUCCUGGGGUUGAUGCUGGAAGGUACUCUGGAGGCUUUCAAAAAGACUCCCGAGUAUUUGGCGGAUUUUGGACCCCUCUUUGCUUAUGUGAUAGAGCAAACAGCUUCCAAGGCAUUGGAGAUGGCGGGGGCCACCCCGGAGCAACUUGCCACUUUGAAUUUCAAAGCCCUGAUGGAUAAUCUCCAGGAUGAGGAGAUAAAUAAGCGGAUGGGGAUCCCUGCGCAUUCUCCAGAGAAGCCAGAGUGGUGGUACCCGGUGCUAGAGAAAGCCAUUCCCUAUUUUUCUCUUGGGGUUGGAUCUGACUUGCUACCUUCUGCUCCCAUAUAUGCGCCUGCGUUCUCUGCUACCCUGGCGCGCUUUGAGGCUGCACCGUUGUUGGAUUUGGGAGUUCGUCUUCCCCAAGCGAAGGAAACUGGCCUGUUGCCCGUGUUCUCAGAGAAAAUCAUUUCGGGUCAUGCUUCUGCAAGUGGUGUUCCUUCCAGGGCUCCCUCUGCCUCUGCUCCCGUCUCCUCUGCUGUUGCCCAAGCUGCCCCUGUUCCUCCCUCUUGA